AUGCAGCGACGGAAGCCGGCCGCUCUCCUAGCACUGAUCGCCGCCCUCGCCAUGGCAGGGGCUGCGGCGGCGCUGUACUCCCCCUCAUCCCCCGUCCUACAGCUCACUCCUUCCAACUUCAAAUCGAAGGUGCUGCCUUCUGUUCUCCUUCCUCCUUUCCGAGUUCGACCUCCGACGGUCUGGGAUGUGGUCUGCGGCGGUUUUUACCUCUUAAUCCGUCGGUAAUCGCGGGAUUGUGUCGCGGACGGUUUCUCUGGUUGUAGGUCCUGAACUCGAACGGGGUGGUGCUGGUGGAAUUCUUCGCGCCGUGGUGCGGUCACUGCCAGGCGCUGACGCCCACGUGGGAGCGGGCCGCCACGGUCCUCAAAGGUGUCGCCACGGUGGCCGCCCUGGACGCUGACGAGCACAAGGCUCUGGCGCAGGUUUGGUUCUCGAUUUUCUUACUCGUGUACCUGAGAUUGGUAGAUUUCUUGAUUUAUCAUCAGAGAUUUUUUGUUAGGCUGUGUUAAAUAGCGAUCUCAUUUGAAAUGCUUCUUAGUGGGUGAUGGUGGUCGUUAAAGCAAUAUUCGUAUCUCCCUAUUUUGUUGUGGGGUGCUAAUUUAUUUUGGCAAUGCGCGGUUCAAAAGUUUUUUUUGUUUUAGGCUAAUGAUUCAUGGUCCAAUUCAAAAGUUGAUUGCCUGGGUUGAUGAUUAGAUCUAAGACCAAAUAUUUUCGGAACCAAGAUUGUCGUGUAAUUUUCGAAGUAAUUUGGUUUUAAUGUCUAACUUUUAUUGUAAUAAUAGUGCGUCCCUAAUUGCUAUCUUAUCAUCUGUCUUUUCAUACGUUGAGAAUCACGAUAAGUUCAUUAUGAUUUCCCGUUUUUUAAGAUCUCUCCCUUAAAAUGGGUGUGUAACACAUUAUGUUGAUUCAAUUUAUACUUUAUGUUAGUCCCAGCUUCUAAUUAGAGAAUACUACAAUUGAGGACUGUCCCACAUUCGAUUACAAUGAUGAUUUUGUUUUUUUUUUUUUUUCAGGAAUAUGGAAUUCAAGGAUUUCCCACAAUCAAAGUGUUCUCACCUGGGAAACCUCCGGUAGAUUAUCAAGGUGCAAGGGAUGUGAAACCGAUUGCUGAAUUUGCUCUGAAACAGGUUUGUGGAGGCUGAUCAUUUGAAUUAAGAUGUACUUUUUCAGGCUUAGGGAAUACUUCUUUUCUGAUACGCUAUGCUAUUAUCAUUGAGGUAAAGGGGAAGUGGCUGAUUACUUUGUGAUCCGUGCAUCCAUAGGAUUUUAUCUUUACCGUGUCUUUUUAUACCUUUUCCUGGCCCUGGAAUUACUUAAUCCAAAGGAUUUCCAUUUUUUUAUCGCUGUACACUCAUCAUGUUUUGACGAACCCUACUUUUCUAUGCGCUAUGAGUCGUUGUUUAUGAGAUUUUGUUUCUGUAGAACAUGCCACUUAUAGUUUUCACGUUUUUCUUCCAAGUCGGAUCAGGGUAACAUUACACUCAUCUGUAUUGGCCGAUGUGGAUGAUCUCUUUUUUAGAAUCCUUGUUGCCACUUGUAUAAUUUCUCCCUCCAACUUAUUCAAUGUCUGCCAAGUGGCACUACGAGAAAACUCAUAGGUGUUAUCAUUUCAUUUUCUGUCAAUCUUUGUGCGUCACCAACUUUCUCCUAGCCAAAGGAAGCUUGUGGAUAUCAUGGUAGGCCCGCAUACCAAAGGCCUGCUGGUUCUGGGUUAGCUAGAUCCUGGGUUCAGUUCCUAUGUUAUCCAUGAUACAUUGAGUUUUUUGUGUGAGCUAUUCAUGAGUACCUCUGAGGGUUUUUUGGAAAAUUUAGGUUCCCUUAUGAUGCAAAUAUUUUUUGCGAGUGCCAUUCCCUAUUUUUGGUCUCUUGCACAUUUUGGACUUCUCCUGAUUUCCCCUUAAUAAUUCUAUUUCUUGAUGCAAAUUAAUAUCUAUUUCCACUUCUGUAAAUCAUGAGAUGUGUAUAAAAUUUUUUUAUAUCUUUAUCUGUCAGCAUCCUGAUUUUAACACAACUGCCUUCCAAUGCCAUCCCUAAUCUUCCUAGAUAUUGAGUAGCUAUGGGACCAUUCCGUUAUUUUUAUGAUGCUAGCUUGUCACAAAUGGUCACAAUAAUGUAUAUAUCUAUCUAUCUAUCUAUCUAUCUAUAUAUAUAUAUAUAUAUAUAUAUAUAUAUAUAUAUUCUCCACAGGUGUGAUUAUAGCCAAGCCUUCAUCAGUGAGUUGGGGGAUUUUGUGAUCUCGCAGGGCACUUCCUCCUUUUUCGCAUUUCAUGAAUAUAUAGGAGCACCCACCUUCAGGAAACAUAUGCUUUAGCCAGUUAUAUCCGACUAGUUUUUAAAUAGAGAUAUCCCCUCACCUUUUCCUUCCAUGAGAACGAAGCAAAAAUGUGCGUCCUAAUUGAUACAUUUGUGAAUUAUUGCUCUUUCAUUUCUAUGCUAAUUAUGAUCCUGUAUUUCUAGUUUCAUAUUGUAUUUUUGUGAACUUAAGAAAGAAAAGUAAAUUCUGGAGUUUUUAUUUAGGUUAAGGCACUUCUGAAGGAUCGGCUAGAUGGAAAACAAACUGGAGGUUCCAGUGAAAAGUCGGAAACAACUGCAUCCAUAGAGUUGAAUUCUCAGAACUUUGAUGAUCUUGUUCUGAAAAGUAAAGACCUUUGGAUUGUAGAGUUCUUUGCACCUUGGUAAGGAUCCUUGUUGCAGCCAUCCUUAUGUGAGGUAUUGUUAUUGGUUGUCAAUGCCAGUGCUAAUUGGAUGUGCGGAUUCCGAUUGUAACCAUCACUAUUUUGUCACUGUAUAACAAAGUUGAUUUCGUUAAGUAACGUAAAGAAAUUAUUAUAUCUGCUACGCUCAUUGAAACAGAAUAUCAAUAUUUAAUGCUUUCAGGUGUGGACACUGUAAGAAGCUGGCGCCUGAAUGGAAGAAGGCUUCAAGAAACCUUAAGGGAAAGGUGAAGCUGGGUCAUGUAGAUUGUGAUGCUGACAAAGUGAGUCUCAUUUUCCUCAAACUAAAUCUUCUAUGUAGUCAGAAUAUGUUUCUGUUAAAAGGGGUAUUUUGUUUCUAUCUGUACUGUUACUCGUCUUGCUCAGAGGCUAUGGCAUCAUGAUCAAUUUUCUUUUGUUUUUUAUAAGAUAUUAUUAUCGAGAUGUUUUGCUCCGAUGAGCUCAUGGUAUUGGCCAAAAUGAGAGCAAUCUCUUAAGUAAAUAAAUUUUCGAGAGGGAAGCAUAGAUGGGUAAAUUAGAAUCCUUUUCAUGAUUUUGGAUUCUUACAGUCCUGCCUGCACGAACCUCAUUUUUUGUUGUUGUGAAAAACUUUAUCUGAUUUACAAAAAUGUAAGAGAAUAAAAACCACAUUAUCUCUUUCCAACAAUCCAUUUUUCUCAUUUCCAACUUACCUUUUAGUGUUGACAUAAUUUUAAUUCGGAGGGGGAAGUUGCCGAAGCAAAUGGCUUGUUCGCCUUUGUAUACUUAACCCCUUCCAUUUACUAUGUGCAUUGUUCUCAUAAGAUGAUUGUAUGCGGUGCUGCUAAUAUUCCCUCCUAUAGUUGCUGUUGCUAUGCUGACAGUCGCAAUUCCUCUUUUGAAUUUGCCUGUGUAUUUGGUUCACCUAAUCCUAGAAAGAAUUGGUGUAAUGUCGUUUUACUUUUCUCUGAUCAUCCAAUUGGGUAGUAUUGACUAUAAACAUGGAAUGCCAUUUUCAAAAGCCCAACAGAGCAACGUGAUGUUACUACUUGUGACUACUGGCUUCUGAACUGCAAUUCUCGCAGUCCUUGAUGGGCAGGUUCAAUGUCCAAGGAUUCCCCACCAUUCUGGUUUUCGGUCAUGACAAGGAUAGCCCUCAGCCCUACGAGGGUGCCAGAACUGCUUCUGCCAUCGAGUCGUUUGCACUGGAGCAAUUAGAAACCAAUGUCGCGCCACCCGAGGUGUUGGAGCUCUCAGGGCCGGUACUCGUCUUCCGCCAUCUAUGCAUGCUCCUCCUCUCAUCUUUGGUUCAUCCAUUUCAUUUCUCGCUGAGCAAUUUCCGCUCUUCGUAGGAUGUCAUGGAGACCAAGUGUGCUCCGGCGGCGAUCUGCUUCGUGGGCUUCCUCCCAGACAUUUUGGAUUCGAAGGCGGAGGGAAGGAACACGUACCUCAGCAUUCUGUUGUCGGUUGCCGAGAAGUUCAAGAGAAGCCCCUACAGGCAAGUUCCUGCUUCGCAAUGUUUUCUGAGCUUCAGCUGCCAUCUCUGCUUACAGAGAGGAAUAGAUGAUCUUGAUAACACACUCGCUUCAAAAGGACGGCAGGGAGUUGACUCUUUGCGUCAAAAGUAAACGGUAGUCCCCCUUUUUCGAAGGGGUAGACCAGACCAGUGGUUGAGAUUGUGGUUAUUGGAAUUCCUUCCGUCCAUCCACGGCGAGAGAAAAACAUGGGAAGAAGAUAGUCUGUGGUGUCUGAACUGACUUGGAGAGGGCUCAUGACAGACAGAAUCUCGUGCAUUCUGGUAGGCGUGAGACUUGAAUGGAAAAUGGAUUGAUGCGAGCUUCGAAAUCUGUCUCCACAGGAGUGAUUAUGCGGCUGGGUGAUAAAUUCUAAUCUCUGCAUUCGUUUUCUGCUCCCCUAAAAUUAUUUGGCUGUUCUUGCUUUUUGUUACUUGAUUCGAGCACUGAAAAUCAAGUUUUUUUAUUUUAUUUAAUCUCAUUCGAUGCUUUUGUUACUCGGCUGCAUAACUGAAUUUGGCAGCGAUUUCUGACCCAAGUAUAAUCCAUACUACUCAUCCUCGUUCUGGAUUAUUGGCAAAUCCAUGUCUUCUUGCCCAAUUGAGAAGAUGCCGUUUUGCAGCUACAUCUGGGCCGCCGCAGGCAAGCAACCCGAUCUAGAGAAGCAGCUUGGCGUCGGUGGUUAUGGCUACCCUGCCCUGGUGGCUCUCAAUGUCAAGAAAGGCGCCUACGCUCCCCUCCGAAGCGCCUUCGAACUCGACCAAAUCAUGUGAGUUCCUCCUCUCUCUCUCUCUCUCUCUCUCUCUCUCUCUCCCUCUCUCAUAUAUUGCCGAUGUGGGUUCUGUUUCUCAGUGAGUUUGUGAAGGAGGCUGGGCGUGGGGGGAAGGGGAACCUGGUGCUCCAUGGCACACCCGCUGUCACUUCAACGCAACCUUGGGACGGCAAGGACGGGGAGGUAAUUGAAGAGGACGAGUUCUCUCUGGAGGAGCUCAUGGGAGAGGACGACGACAAGCCAAAGGAUGAGUUGUGA